CCAAAGGCUCCAAUCUUCAAAAAUCUCGGUCUACUUUGUCUACUCCGUAGACCAUCUUCUAGUUAGAGUUCAGGGAACGCUUCUCCAGCGCGAUUCUGGAUUCCACCCUCCCUCGCCCCUGCGUGUGUACCUUUGAUCCUCGCUCCUGUCACGGUGCAGCUUGCAUGUCUAUCCUUCCAUACAACUUUGUCCCAACACAUCCAUCCCGUCAAAUCACACCUUCUUCUGCAGGCAAGGAAAAGUCUCUCAUUUGACCACCAAUCCGUCCGCUCUUUUCUUUUCAGCUUCUCUUCCAACCAACAAUCACACGCACACUUUCCUUAACACGACGGUCGAUUCGUCCUGUAGCCGCACCUCGGCGUCCUCCAUUCACCCGUGUGUUGGCUGGCUCUGCGAAGCCAUUCUCUCCUUCAGAACUACAUCCAACUUGACCAUUCCAACCUCUCCGAUCCUUCACAUUUUGCGUGGACUGCGUCCCGCAUUGACACUCCCUUGACCAACUAAAACUUCCAUUCUACAACCAACACUACAUUCCGGUCGACUAGGCACGUCGAACCUCAGGCAAACGACCCUACUUCAAUCUAUACCCCAUUGUUACACGGCAGUCUAAGUUGGGCGUUGAUUGGGCACAGACUCUCCAGACCACUACAUCGAGAUUCUACACACUCUUCGUCUAGAAUUGAGUCAUGUCCAACUCUACAAUGGCGCUUGCCCGAGCCUUCACCAGGCGUAACAAACGCAGCGUUGAUCAGUCGUCCUUCCAAGGCGGCUUGUCCGUCAAGUAUGCCCCGGGUACCAUCAAUCGCAAUCAGAUUUCGCUCCCGACAGAACUCAUCUCGACCACCAAUGUACAAGCAUUGAACGCCCCCGAUAUUCGAUCCAUGUCUGGUUCCUCGACUGGCUCGAUCAACUCCAACUUCGACUCCGAUUUCUCAACCAUCGAUCGAAGUUUCCUCACCAACGCAGGAAGUGACGCUUCCUCAAUCGAGAGCAGUGGACCUGCUACACCCAUGACCCCUUCCAAUGACGAAAUCAAGUCUUUCUUUGAUUCCAAAACUUCACCACCCGUCCUACCCUCCAUCGCCUCGCCAUCUGUCCUCGACACACCGACAGUUCCACAACGUUCGCCUUCACACUCCAAAAAGGCACAUGUUGAGUUGUCGCGGAAAAAGUCAAUUCAGCGAAUGUCGCCUCCUCCCACUACUCUCAACAAACCAGCUCGCAACAGUGCGGAUAUCUUCAACAGGUCAACAGAUCCCAACCACCCGUUCGGAAGGGAGUUGGCUCAAGUCAACGAGAUUGCUGAAGAGUUCGGCGCCACUGCGAGAAUGAUGGAUGAAGAAGAACGAGAAAUCAUGGACAAGGGUCUGUGCAAGUUUGGUGUGGAGGAUUACUUGGACGAAAUCGCCGAGUUAUACGGCGGUAUCUUCGAGGACAAGCUCACUUCACUGGCCAAGCCGUGGAUCUGAACAAGAUCAAGCUCUUUGCGAGAUUCACGACUGUAACGACUGGGGAGCAUUAAGGGCACUUUGGCGAUUUCUUCCUGACGGGAAGGUGGCGUUGAGACAUAGCGGACAAACGGAACCCUGCAUUUUAUGGGUGUAUCCUUACAACAUUUCUUUCUUUGUUCUAUGUGAGGACACCCCUCUUGAAUGCGCGGGGAGAACCCGCUCAAGAUGGCGGAGAGAGCUUUUGGCGUGUGCUGGUAUAUGAGGGUAAUCUCUCGAACAACGGGUCGAGUCUGUGACUGGUCACCUGUUCGACUUGGGAGAUGUUCCACUAAUUGACGAUGAUGCCGUGCCAACUGAUUUGAUCACCAUCUGGGUGGCAGCGGUGGGAUGCUGAGGAAGACAUCUGCAGGGGGUUUUGAUGUGAAGUGUACUGAUCGAGUUCUACACCUACCUUGCACGACAAAAUGAGACAUGGGGCUAUUUCAAUUGGUGCCGGUAUCUUUGUGUUUGCUCACGACAUUUCGAUAGAACAAACAGAGCCAUCCCAUCAUUCGAAUCCUGAUUGAUAGUAAAGGCACAAGGAGACGUUUUUCUCUUCAUUAAUGCCGUUUGAUGUCCUUUCUUGACUUGUUCUAUAAUUUUGACGAGAAAGUCCACAUGCGUAAUUCUGAGAGGAGUUUGACG